CAGAUUAUGUCAUAAAUGUGUAUUUAAUGAUUGCGAAUAAUCAAAAAAGAAAAGAAGAAGAAGGGCUUCUUGAGUUUUAAUUCUGUGGAAGUUCAACUAUAUUUACGGGAGAAAAAAUCUUUCAAAGGAAAAGCUUUUUUCGCUUGAAGUUGUUCUGUGAGCUCUAAUGGCAGAUAAGGUGGAGGAAAGAACGCUACAGCAGACUUCCACGUGGGCAGUCGCCGUGGUUUGCUUCUUCUUGCUUCUAAUUUCCAUUGUCAUUGAGAAACUGAUUCACAAAUUAGGAACCUGGUUUAGAAGGAAGAAUAAGAAAGCUCUGUAUGAAGCUCUUGAAAAGGUGAAGGCAGAGCUUAUGCUGAUGGGAUUCAUAUCACUACUGCUAACAAUUGGACAAAACUAUAUAUCAGAAAUUUGCAUCUCCGAGAGCAUCGCAGCAUCAAUGCGCCCUUGCAGUAAAUCCGAAGAGUUGAGAGAGUAUCCACCUAAGAAAAAAGAUACAGGAACUACUGACGAAGGAGAUGAAGAAAACUCUGGUCGAAAGCUUCUCGAAUUAGUCGAAACUUUCAUUCCUCGAAGGAGUUUGGCUACCAAAGGCUAUGACAAAUGUGCGGAGAAGGGGAAAGUGGCGUUCGUAUCAUCAUAUGGGAUGCAUCAACUGCAUAUAUUCAUCUUUGUUCUUGCUGUUUGCCAUGUUAUCUUCUGCAUUGUUACAUAUGCUUUGGGAAAGAUCAAGAUGAGAAGGUGGAAGAGGUGGGAAGAGGAGACAAAGACAAUAGAAUAUCAGUAUUCACAUGAUCCUGAGAGGUUUAGGUUUGCAAGGGAUACCUCUUUUGGGCGUAGACAUCUGAACUACUGGAGCAAAUCGACAAUUACUCUGUGGAUUGUAUGUUUCUUCAGGCAGUUCUUUGGAUCUGUCACCAAAGUUGAUUACUUAACACUGAGACAUGGUUUCAUCAUGGCCCAUUUGGCUCCUGGGAGUGACUCGAGGUUCGAUUUCCGGAAGUACAUUCAAAGAUCUUUAGAGGAAGACUUCAAAACCAUCGUUGAAAUCAGUCCUGUGAUCUGGUUUGUAGCCGUGCUAUUUCUCCUGACCACCACACACGGAUUGAAUUCUUACCUCUGGCAACCAUUCAUUCCCUUAGUCGUGAUACUUAUAGUUGGAACAAAACUUCAAGUGAUAAUAACAAAACUAGGACUUUUAAUUCAAGAGAAAGGAGAGAUAGUGAAAGGUAUGCCUCUAGUUCAGCCCGGUGACCAUCUCUUCUGGUUCGGUCGUCCACGUUUCAUUCUCUUCCUCGUUCACUUGGUCCUUUUCACGAAUGCGUUUCAACUAGCUUUCUUUGCCUGGAGUACGUAUGAGUUCGGGCUUGAGAACUGUUUCCACAAAAGUACUGUAGAUGUGGUCAUCAGAAUUUCAAUUGGAGUUAUAGUACAGUUUCUUUGCAGCUACGUUACUCUUCCUCUUUACGCUCUUGUUACUCAGAUGGGUUCAAAGAUGAAACCUACAGUGUUCAACGAGAGAGUAGCAGUAGCUUUAAAGAGUUGGCAUCGCACAGCUAAGAAGCAAAUCAAACAUGGAAGAACCUCAGAGUCAACGACACCUUUCUCUAGCCGUCCAGCUACACCUACACAUGGUUCUUCUCCGAUCCAUCUCCUACGAAACGUCCACAAACGAAGCAGAAGCGCUGAUGAAAGCUUCGCUAACUCGCUGUCUCCGAGAAACUCUGACUUCGACACGUGGGAUGUUGAGUCUCAACACGAUCCUUCUUCUUCUUCUUCGGCAAAGUAUCAUUCUAGAUUUAGGGAAGAAGACUCAGAGAAGGAGAAGCCAUCAUCUUCAGCUGUGGACCUUACUCCUGGACCUGGACAAAUAAGAACUCACCAGCAUGAGAUUAGUAGUAUAAGCUUGAGGGAUUUUUCUUUUAAGCGAUGA